AUGGCGAAGAUUGAUGACCCUGCAGAGCAAACACCGCUGCUGGCGCGGCAGUUGCCUUGCCCCUUGCCAGCGACCAAGUCGGAAAGCUAUCCCUUCCGCUUUGUAGUGCCGUACGCCUUGGUGCUUGUCGCUGCGGAAAUCGGGUCAAGCCUGGUCAAUGUAUCAAUGAGCCAGAUCCUCGAGGGCAUCCUAUGCCAGCAAUACCACGGUGUAAACGACCCCAUUGGCAAUCCGCUGUGUAAGAGUAAAGAGGUGCAGCUGGAGCUGUCUAUACUUCAAGGAUGGGAGCUGGCCUUUGGGCUUAUUCCAGGUCUUCUCACCGGCGUGUUAUACGGCAUCAUCGCCGAUGCGUAUAGCCGGAGAGUAGUACUGAGCCUCGCGUUCUUUGGCCUUGCUUUGUCUCUAGCUUUUGACAUGCUCGUGUGCUCCAUCCGCAAGGUCAUUGAGUAA